AUGUCAGCUCCUCUAGGCCUUGCCGUCAUCGGCACCAACUGGAUCACCAAUUCCUUCGUGCAAUCCUCCCACGAGUCCGCACUCUUCAAGUUGACAGCAGUCUACUCGCGGAGCCUUGACACGGCCAACAAGUUUAUAUCUGAAACUCCGUCGAUCAAGGAUGCCUCUUCUGUCAAGCCAUACACCGACCUAGACACCAUGCUAGGCGACAACAAUGUCGAUGUUGUGUAUAUUGCCUCCCCAAACUCGCUGCACUAUGAGCAGGCGAUCAAGGGCCUGGAUGCUGGAAAGCACAUCAUCGUGGAGAAGCCUUUUGCAUCCAAUGUCAAGGAGCUUCAGGAGCUGUAUAAGCUUGCUGACUCUAAAGGGUUAUUCAUUCUCGAAGCCUACCGUCACAUCCAGGAGCCUAACUUCAAGAAGCUCCAGGGAUUGUUGGACGAUGAGAAGACGAGAAACGAGAAAUUCGGCCCCAUCUACGGUGCCAGCGUCAACAUGGCCGUUUACUCGUCGCGAUAUGCCAAGGUUCUUGAAGGCGAGGAGCCUAACGUACUCUCCCCAAAGUUUAGUGGAGGCUCUCUGUGGGAUAUGGGAUGCUAUGUCGUCAUGUUCACCCAGGCUCUUUUUGGAACGCCUGUUGGCCAGUCAUAUAUUCCCGUCAUAAUUCGCACAGGGGUAGACGGUGGCGGUCACAUCCUUUUCCAAUACACGCCUGACUCAUCUAAGCACAAGCAGCAAUUCACAGUCCAUGCGCAGACAAGCAAGAUUUACACCUCCACUGCCCCCUCGGAAAUUUAUUGUGAGAAGGGCACGAUUAGAAUUAACGGUGCGACUGGCGUGACUGAUAUCAACUCUAUUGAGUUUGUCCCACGCGGGUCGAAGGAGGGUGAGCAAUUGGCCGAUACGAAUCCUGAAUAUACCGGAUUACUCAACUUGACCUGGGAGGCGAAGGAGCUUGGGCGGAUUAUCCAGCAGAAAGAUAAGGAGGCUGAAGCCCAUCUCAGAGCACUGAGUGUUGCUGUGCUGACUUCUAUGGAAGAUAUGCGCAAGAGUAACGGUAUUAUCUUUGCUUCGGAAAAGUAA